UAUGGUUAGUUCAAGGAUAUACCAUAGACAUUUAACAUUCCAUAUUUUUUUCUUUUUUAACAUAUUUUUACGAAUUAUGGGCGAUUUAACUAAACAACCUAAAGGAUAUAUGAUUAGAAGAAUGACCUUUUCCGCAUGCCAUCGUUUGCAUAGCCCUAUGUUAAGUGAUGAAGAAAAUAAGGAAACCUUUGGUAAAUGCAAUCAUAUUAAUGGUCAUGGACACAAUUAUAUAGUUAAAGUUACAUUAUUUGGUGAAAUUAACCAUAAUACAGGAAUGAUUAUGAAUAUGACCAACUUGAAAAAAUAUAUGCAACAGGCUAUAAUGAUCCCGAUGGACCACAAAAACUUGGAUAAGGAUGUAGAGUUUUUUUUGAUGAAACCUAGCACAACCGAAAAUUUAGCAGUAUUUAUAUGGCAAAACCUUAAAAGUAUUAUGAGUGAACCUGAGUUAUUGUAUGAAGUCGAAGUUUACGAAACUGAAAAUAAUAUUGUGAAAUAUAGAGGUGAAUAAUAAAAAAAUAUAUAUAUUGUUUUAUUUGGGGAUACUUUAUUCUAUGUACACACUAAAACUAACAUAAUUAACUCAAAGAUGGGCUUAAAUUGGUACCCAAAACAUUAGCACUAUAUUGCAAUUUCUCAACUUGACCGGCAGACUGUAAUUUGUCAUCGGAAGACAACCUAUCUCUUCUCUGCUCUUCAAUAGACUCUAAAAACAGUCCAAUAACAUUUUUGCUGCAAUAAACACUGAAUACUUACUAUUAUACGGCGUAUAUUUAUCGGAAAGUGCGUUUUCUAUACUAUAGCCUAUCAAACCAACAAUUCCGGCAAAAGGUAGGGUUAUGUAGGGCGCAUAAGACCUUAAAGCGGCGUAAAACACAGGCCACAUUAUCAAUUGAUCAAUAAAACAUCCACUGGAAGUAGUAAAUACACCCCUUGACGUUUCAAUGUCAAGUUUGACGUUUAAAAAU